AACUGUUUUUAUUUCACAACGAAAAAAGCUCAAGACGGCGGCCAUAAUUCUGUCUAGUUUAUUUGUUGGCAGCAGCGAAGCAGCUGCGUUUUGUUUAUUUAUUCUCGUCGGAAUCAAAGCCUUGCUCUGGCGAAAUGACGCAGUUGUCGGACGAACAGUUUCGCAUACUCAUCGAAACCAUCAAAUCUUUGGCACCCCAGAAUGAUGAAAAAGAGCAGCACUCAAAGGGCAGCUUUAGCAAUUGUAUGGCCCAAUUUAGCGGGCAGCGGGACCACGACGCCGUCGAGGUGUUCAUAACGGCAGUGGAAACGUACAAGGAGGUGGAGGGCAUCAGCGACAAGGACGCGCUGAAAGGCAUCACGCUGCUGUUCCACGGUAUUGCCGUUGUCUGGUGGAAGGGCGUGCGGCGCAAUGUCAAGACCUGGCAAGAUGCACUGCAGCUGCUGCGUGAUCACUUCUCGCCCACCAAGCCCGCCUAUCAAAUCUACAUGGAGAUCUUCGAAACGAAGCAGACGACGGGAGAAGUGAUCGAUGCCUUUAUUUGCAAGCAACGCGCUCUGCUGGCCAAGCUGCCGGACGGGCGGCACGACGAGGAGACCGAGCUGGACUUCGUCUACGGCCUAAUGCUGCAAAAGUACAGAGAACACAUACCACGACAUGAGAUCAAAAACUUCCGAGAGCUGCUCGAGCGUGGCCGCAACGUGGAGCGCAUGAGGCACUGAAAUGUAGCUUUAUUUAGGAAUAUUCUUUUAAUUUUAAAAAUAUAAAUACAGUAAAAUCUUAGAUAUAUGCCUUAGAAGGUUUAUGCAGGAACAAACAGAACUGAGCUCAAAGAAUUCAAAAUUGAGAAUUAAGAAAACAAAAUGUUUUUGAUUUCUGGAAUAAAACAACAAAGCAUUUUCCUCUCGAAGAUUAGAUACCCUGUCAGAAUUGUGAUCCAAUGUUUCUAUACAAAAACUAUUCCACUAUAAGAGUUAUAUAUCUAGAUUUGAAGCGAACGAGUUAAUUCUCGUUCUGAGCAUAAAUUACUUUAAUCUUUAAUAGAUUUGUUUUUUCUGUCAGAAAGUUUAUUUGAUUUGCCUUUUUUAAUUCGGGUUUCCCCAUAAUAAUAUAAACUGAGAAAUCUUUUAGCAGUAUUUGAUUGUGCUAUCUCGCCUGCCGCAGCUGAUGU